AUGUCAUCUCUCACGCACGUGGCCAGCAGGUGCGUGUCAUCUCAUGCACGGGCAGCCAGUGGGCACCAUCCCCCAGCGCAGGUGGCUGGUGGGCAACCGUCAUCUUGUGUGCGGGCAACCGGCAGGCAUGCGUCAUCUUGUGUGCAGGCAGCCAGUGGGUGUGAGUGCGUGCCAUCCCCCAGCAUGGAUGGCCAGCAGGCACACGCCAUCUCCCACACAGGCAGCCAGCAGAUGUGCGCCAUCCCCCCCACCCGGGCUGCUGCUGGGCGAGUGUCAUCUUCCAUGUGCAAGCCAUCUCCCAAGCAUCAUCUCCCACACAGGUGGCUGGCAGUCAUGUUUCAUCUCGCAUGCGGGAGGCCAGUGUCCACACGCUUCCCCUGCCGUUGCCAUCUUGGCUCCAAGAAUUCUCCCCAGAACCAGUCCACUUUGCCACAGUGUGGCAGCUCCGCUGCACCAGAUUUUAAUCAAGUAAUCGGGCACCCAUUUUACCAAAGGCAGCCUGCUUUGCCUCCUUACCCUUUUUUACGUCAUACAUUUGUGGUGUAUGGCAGUCGUCUUGUGCAUGCUCAGUAUGAAGCCAAAAAGCCCUCCCCGCUAUAUAAGAAAAAAAUUGCCUUAAGGUCAUCAACUUCAAGUCGUUUUGUACUAGUAAUACCAGCUUUGGCUAUGUCAACUGGGAGAUUUGCCAAUAGGCAUAUGCCAAUCCAGCAGCUAACUUAUCAUUUGCAAUGUAUUCCAAACACAAUAGCCAUGCAGAAUCGUAUAAUGAUGAACCUGAGGAUGAUAGAAUACAAGCUGGCUGAACUGGAAUAUUGUCUAUCUACCAGGCUUUUUAAUGGUGCUAACCAUUAA